ACAUAGCAACGACCAACGCUCCGUGUGCUAGCUUGUGUGUUAGCUUGUGUGUUAGCUUCUGUGCUAGCUUCUGUGCUAGCUUCUGUGCUAGCUUGUGUGGAUGGGGUAAGUGGCCCCGGAUCCCGCGGAGCAGGAGGAAAACAUGGACGAUGACGAAGAUCUUGACGAACUUUUGGACGAAGUAGAAAAAAAGUUUUGUCGCAACGUUUCUGUCGCGUCGUCAGCUCGAGGGGGGGGCGGGAGCGAGCCCGGAGGAGCGAGGAGGCUCAGUGCCUUGAAACCUGUGGUGCAGAGAAGCAGCAUCACCGAGGAUAUCGAUGCUCUUCUGGAAGAGUUAGAGGAUGAACACGGAGAUUUCCACCAAUCACAGAGAGAAAAACUCCCUAAAGAACAACGAGUGGAAGCGAAGCCUCCAUCUGGAGGGAGAAAGUGCUGUCCUGUGUUCGUGGGCGGAAGCUCUGUUACAAAUGGCGUCGGAACAGCCACAUCCAAGAGGUCCUGUGACCGGCUGAGGUGUAUAUCCUGUGACUUCAGGGUGCUGAUGUUUGAUGACUGUGAGUGGGACUCGUCCUGUGAUUACCUGUUCCUCAGGAACAACGUGCCGGACCGUCAGAAGCUCCGAGACAAACUGAAGAAGAGGAGAGGUUUCCGGGCUUACGCCUGCCAGUGCAGCUGGUUCUCCUCGUCCUCCUCCUCAGAGCCGACAGCCCUCGGGGUUCACCCUCAGCUCAGAUGGGUCUGUGGAAAACACCAGGACUGACGAUCAACUGUUAGAAACUAGGACGAAACUGAACGAAACCCGAAAGAAGAACAGUCUGUCCCAAAGAAUCUGUAAAGUGUCAGUUGAUUUUGUACAGUGUGCGUUUGCAUUGUUCAGUACUGACUGAGCGCUGGAUCAGGCGCCUCUGAACAGAAGAGUGAUGGACUGAGAGAAGAACACAGGUUGACAGAAGUGUGACUCAGUCUCGGACAGCAGGUUCACUGAGGAGGAGGAGGAAGAGGAGGAGGAAGAACGUGAAAACAACAGCAGGGGAGGGAAGACUGAAGUGUCGUCUGUUGGCUCCUUCUGCCGGAGUCUGUUCCGGAAGAAAACUGAAAGGAGCAGCUCAGUGAACUGCACAGCUCCAGUGUUGUGUCAUUACAUAUUAAAAUAAAGCCCUGCUGCCCCCCCCCCUUCCACCUGCACCCAUUGGACAGAACUAGCUGUCAAUCACUGUGGUAUCCACCCCAGACACAUCCAGUGCUUUGUGGUCUGUUUGACUCUAAAUUAAUAUAAUUUACUAAAUGAACAUCAGCUGUGUUGACAAUGUUUACUGAGGUUAUAAAGUGAGAAGUAGAGUUACUUUCUAUAGACUUCUAUAGAAACUUAUAGUGGAGUCGCCCCCUGCUGGUCAUGAAACAGAAGACAGGUUCCACGUGGCUUCACUUUCCCAACCCUGAGUCCAUUUGUAUAAAAUUAUUACUUCUGCUCACGCUCUUAUGAGAUGUAUUUUCUAUUGUAAUGUGUUGUAAUAGCUCUCUGCUGUCAAUAAAGUUGAUUUGAAAAACCA